AUGAAGGUUAAAGAUAUAACAUUAAGUGAACUUUGUUUGCAAUCUUUAAUUCGAAACAAAGAUAAGUUCCAGAUAAUAGCGAAUAUACCAUAUCGACUGAUAAAUAAAUAUUUGAAAAGGAUUAACAUUAAUGCGAUUCAAUUAAUGAGAUACGAGAGAUUCAAUCUUGAAUGGAUAUUUGAUGACGAUGAACUUUGGUUAGAUUUUUUACGAGCAGACUUCCCAACUAAUGUACAUGAAAAAUACGUUAACAAUAAAGAUACUAUUGUAAAAUACUAUAAAGAUGCAAUUAAAAGUAUAUAUUAUGAUAAUAGAGCUAAUAAAAUUAAUAAAAUUAAUAAAGAUAGUCAUGGUAAUGAAAAUGAAAAUGAAAAUGAUUUUUUAAUAAAAAUUAUAUUAAAGAACAGAAUAUCUGAUACGAUUAAAAAGGACAUGACUACCAAGAAAUAUAAAGUACCUUAUAGAAUGUUAUAUUUACAAUAUCAAGAAGAUAUAAAAUUAAAAGAAGCAAAGAUAACGGAAAACCUACGGCUUCAAAUGCAAAGAAUAAAGGAAGAAAGAGAGAAAAAAUCUGCAGUGAUAGUUGGUGAACAAUUUUAUAUUGAUAAUACAGCUAGAAGAAACAGAGGAUAUAGGAAGAGACAGUUGAUGGAUAGAAUGUAUAUGGCACCUACUAAAAGAAUGAGUUUACAAAAUGGUACAAAUCAGAAGAAUGAAAACAGAAAACCCGUAGAAAGAGUAGCGUUUGGUGGGAUGGCAGGUAAGCGAAUAGAUUCGAGGUUAUUUAGAACAAUUUCUAGAGGCUCAUUGAUUAAUAAUAUAAAUGAAGAUGAUAUAGCAAAACGACAAACAGGUAACAAAAGUGAUUCAAUGAUAGCAAGUGUUAGUAAUUCAAAUACUAGUAAUAUGGCUGCUACUAUACAUUUAAAUAACUCUUUUUCUGCUAGUAAGAUUCAUACGCCAAUACGCAAACAAAGAAAUAGUUUAGAACAAAACAUAUUUUUAAAGAAGAAAAGGCCUUUGUCUAGACAAAUAUCAUCAUCACCAGCUAAACCAACACCUAUAUUAAAUAUAUCUCAUGAUAAAAAUACAACGACGACCAAUGGUGAGAGUAAUAAUAGUACCAUCACGAGUAAUAACAAUGUAAUUGAAAACAAUAAUUUGACUAUUAUUACAGGUACUAAGAGAAAACAGUCAAACAUUUUUAUAUCAUCCGUACACCCAAAUAUGCAAUUGCCCCUUUGCGACACUUUAAAGACAAAUUUAAUGUUGAACAGGUUAAAAGAUGAUGGCAAAAAUAGUAACAAGAAUAAUGGUGAACCUGGAGUAAGUCCAAAGAAGACCUAUAAGACUGAUACAUCUACUAUUAACAGACACGAUGACAAUGGGAAUGCUAGACCAAAUAAUGAACACAGUAAUAAGAAAAAAAAGAUUUAUUCUCUAAAAACUUACUUACAAAAGAAAAAAUGA